CUCUGCUGCACUCCUUGUGUUGUCACCCGCACCGGGAUUGUCUGUGAUCCAGGAACCAGCUUGGUUUAACCUAAGAUACAAUGGCACCCAAGAAGGAUCCUAAGGCCCCAGCCAAGAAGGCCGAACCCGCACCAGCACCGGCCCCAGCACCAGAGCCUGCACCUGCACCUGCAGCACCCGCUGUGGACCUGUCCGCUGUCAAGGUGGAAUUCAGCGCAGACCAGAUUGAGGACUACAGGGAGGCCUUUGGUCUGUUCGACAGGGUGGGUGACAACAAGGUGGCCUACAACCAGAUCGCCGAUAUCAUGCGCGCUCUGGGACAGAACCCUACCAACAAGGAAGUGACCAAGAUUCUGGGAAACCCCUCCGCCGACGACAUGGCCAGCAAGAGAGUAGAGUUCGAGGCUUUCCUGCCCAUGCUCCAGACCGUUAUCAACAACCCCAACAAGGCCGGCUUUGAGGACUACGUUGAGGGUCUGCGUGUCUUCGACAAGGAGGGUAACGGCACAGUGAUGGGUGCUGAGCUGCGUAUUGUCCUGUCAACACUGGGAGAGAAGAUGACAGAGGCUGAGAUUGAUGCUCUUAUGCAGGGCCAGGAGGAUGAGAAUGGCUGUGUCAACUACGAGGCCUUUGUCAAGCACAUCAUGUCUGUGUAAGGAGCCACUUCAGCGGUGAGCAUUGAACGUAUGCAGACCCCAUGGUGUCGGACAUCCACUCGCUGUUUCCCGCACCACCAGAGGAAGCAGGCGGAACAAAGGACUAUGAGAUGUCAUUUCCGAAUCCAUCUUUUGUUUUAUUCUACACUUUUUUUUUCUCUCUCGUCCAAAAAAAAAAACAAGAAAUGGUGCUUUUUUUUUUUUUUUUUUCUCCCCCUGUCCUGCCCGGGAACCAGCCCCAAAUUUGAUAUCACCGUCCUCAACGUCUCUCACAGUGAGAUGAGAUCCAUCACUGGCUUCAGGAGGAACAGUUCUGGAGAGGAAGGUGGAAUAAACCGACGACCUUCCCCUGACGUCACUUUUCAUCCGACUGGCCGUUCAUUGGGCAGUGAAGUGACUAUCUUGGCCCAGGACUGGCCACUGAAAUGAAUCCCAACUCCAUCCUACCCCUGAGUCUUAAGUUAUUGUCACUCUCCUCUGCAUUUCACAAUAAACUUUUCACAAACUCCCAUUUUAUUUAAAUAUU